AUGUUCAUGCUUAAGAGCUUGUUUGGAAAAAUAUGGAGUGAUCAGCACAAUAUAGAACUAAUCCAGAUUCCUAAGGGCUCAUUGUACCGCGUACAGAGGCGGGGAGACCAGGAGACGCGGGUAUGCGUGUUCGUGAAUGCCCUCGCCACCAUUCGUCGCACGUCCACGCCGCGAAACUACGAACUGGUAAUUUCGCGUGCGGACGCGAAUGAAAGUACACACGAUGCUCUAGAUGAUGAGCGGUCCUUUCUUAUUGACGAAGCACUGGGGCUCCGUACCAGCACGCGUGGCCCGGACCCCACAUUUGUAUGGCACGACCUUCAAAGGGACGAGAACGAGCUGCUUGAAUAUGUCGUGGAUGCGCAGCACUCCAACGCAGUUACGCGAUCUGUAUUUGAAGUUACGUUCCUGCAGUGUGCCUGGGAGCGCAAGACCGGCCGCAGUCAUGAGGAGGCCACGGACGACGACUUAGAAGCCAUCAAGUACCGCGGCUCUGAGUCUGCUUCGUCGGCCGCACAAGAAGACGUGGCACCGAAGCCCAUGGCCGCUCCUCCUACUGCGCGUACACCCGGGAAAAUGUACCCUAAGGUGCCUGCCGCUGACAGUCUGCAGACGGUGACAGGGUCUGACGAGCCCGAGAUUGUGCUGACGGCUACCGCCGAUCUGUAUCUCUACGACCAGGCGAGCGGGCUAUUCAUGCGUCAGGAAAAAAAUGUCACUGCCAAGGUCGCUGAAGCGGGCCGUUUUCUCUACUGGAUGGUGGUAGAUGGCGCCGAGGCACCAUGGCUGAGUCAGGGUCUAGACUCACGUAUGAACAUGAACUUUUCACUUGAGAACCUCAGUGCUGUAUGGAACUACUAUGACGAGCAACACCAUGUAUAUUCGUGGCUGCUGCGAUUCGGUGAGAAGACAGCAUACCUUGCGUUCCAGGAGCAGUUCUCCCACCUCAUUUGGGAAACCCUACACGAAGAAAAGUGGGGCAAAGCGUCAGACGUGGAGAAGCAGUACAUUGAGCAGGCGUAUGAGCAGGAUGUCGCUAUGACAGACGAGGAGGGCGAGUCACACCCUCACACGCUGUUGUCGCCUCGCCACACAUCCGCACUCAGUGAUGACGACGAUGCCGAUGCCGUGGAAGCUGAGUUGGAUCCCAUGGACGAGGACGACGAUGAGGCCUAUGUGGAGUCUGAGACGCAGGCAGAUGACCCACCGGUGGCCCCUGACUCGGGUGGCGAGGCUAAUUCGGCGCUGGCCGUGGGCUACAAGUCGGACCGAGCCUUUGUGGUGCGUGGAGACAAGAUUGGCGUGUUCAAGCACACCGAUGACGACCGCCUUGAGUUCGCCACGGCCAUCAACCGGAUCAGCACCCCCAAGGGCAAGUCGUUCCAGCCGAAGCGCGUGAUGCUUCAUGACCAGGACUCGGCGAUGGUCCUUAUGGACCCGUCCAACCAACAUGCACUGUACCGCAUGGACCUGGAGUAUGGCAAGGUUGUAGAGGAAUGGAAGGUGCACGAGGAUGUGCCUGUGACCAACUUUCUGCCUUCAUCAAAGUAUGCUCAGAUGUCUGCCGAAAAGACUUUCGUCGGCACCUCCCGCAAUGGCAUCUUUCGGAUCGAUCCGCGUCUCGCCGGCGAGAAGCUCGUUGAUUCGCAGUUCAAGCAGUACACCAGCAAGAACGACUUCAGCGCCGCUGCUACCGAUGCAAAAGGCCGCUUGGCCGUCGCCUCUAAUAAGGGUGACCUGCGGUUGUUUGAUCAGAUCGGAAAGAAUGCCAAGACGGCGCUGCCUGCUUUAGGCGACCCCAUUCUCGGCGUCGAUGUUUCGUCAGACGGCCGCUGGGUCAUUGCCACGUGCCGGACAUACCUGCUGCUCAUUGACACACUUAUCCAGGAUGGCCGAUACCAGGGCAGCCUCGGCUUUGACCGAAGCUUUCCGGCUGAUGCGCGUCCACUCCCACGCCGGCUACAGCUGCGCCCUCAUCACGUUGCAUACAUGGAGUCAGAGGUCCAUUUCACACCUGCGCAUUUCAACACCGGCUCGGACUCGGAGACGUCGAUUGUUACGUCGACUGGCAACUAUGUUGUAUCGUGGUCGUUCGAUUCCGUUAAGAAGGGCAAUCCAUAUGCGUAUGUGCUUAAGCGUUAUGCGGGUACUGUCGUUCGCGACGAUUACACCUACGGCCUACGCGCGCUUCGCUGGCACCAGGCUCCACUCAGCCUCGCUCCAGUGCGGGUCAUGCACGUCGCUUGA